GGGCGGGCGGCCGGGGCGGCGGAGCCCGGGAGCCCGCACCCACCGGCGGCAUGACGGGCCGCGUGUGCCGCGGCUGCGGCGGCACCGACAUCGAGCUCGACUCGGCGCGCGGCGACGCCGUGUGCACCGGCUGCGGCUCGGUGCUCGAGGACAACAUCAUCGUCUCGGAGGUGCAGUUCGUGGAGAACAGCGGCGGCGGCUCCUCGGCCGUGGGGCAGUUCGUGUCGCUGGACGGUGCCGGCAAGACCCCUACCCUGGGUGGCGGCUUUCACGUGAACUUGGGCAAGGAGUCGAGAGCGCAGACGCUGCAGAACGGGCGGCGGCAGAUCCAUCACCUGGGGAACCAGCUGCAGCUGAACCAGCACUGCCUGGACACCGCCUUCAACUUCUUCAAGAUGGCCGUGAGCAAGCACCUGACGCGCGGGCGCAAGCUGGCCCACGUCAUCGCCGCCUGCCUCUACCUGGUCUGCCGGACCGAGGGCACACCCCACAUGCUUCUGGACCUCAGUGACCUGCUGCAGGUGAAUGUGUACGUCCUGGGGAAGACCUUCCUGCUGCUGGCCCGAGAGCUGUGCAUCAACGCGCCGGCCAUCGACCCCUGCCUGUACAUCCCGCGCUUCGCCCACCUGCUGGAGUUCGGCGAGAAGAACCACGAGGUGUCCAUGACGGCGCUGCGGCUCCUGCAGCGGAUGAAGCGGGACUGGAUGCACACGGGCCGGCGGCCCUCGGGGCUCUGCGGGGCAGCGCUGCUGGUGGCUGCCAGGAUGCACGACUUCCGGAGGACCGUGAAGGAGGUGAUCAGCGUGGUCAAGGUGUGCGAGUCGACGCUGCGCAAGAGGCUCACGGAAUUCGAGGACACCCCUACCAGCCAGCUGACCGUGGACGAGUUCAUGAAGGUGGACCUGGAGGAGGAGUGCGACCCCCCCUCGUACACGGCGGGGCAGCGCCGCCUGCGUAUGAAGCAGCUGGAGCAGGUCCUGUCCAAGAAGCUGGAGGAGGUGGAAGGUGAGAUCUCCAGCUACCAGGACGCCAUCGAGCUCGAGCUGGAGAGCAGCCGGCCCCGGGCCAAGGGCGCCCUCGGCGGCCUGAGCAGAGACGGCUGCCUCGAGGACUCCGCCUGCAGCUUGUUCGGGGAGGAGGACGCCGAGGAUGAGGAGCUGGAGGUGGCCGCCACCCACCUGAACCAGGAGUUCUGCCGGGAGCUCUGCGGCCUGCCCGGCACCUCCGACGGGGACGGGUGCCCGGACGGGGACGGCAGGCUCCCCGCCCUCGAGUCCCUGCUGGGGCCCCUGCCCACGGCGGCCAGCCUGGGCAUCUCGGACUCCAUCCGCGAGUGCAUCUCCUCCCAGAGCCGCGCCCCGAAGGACGUGUCUGGAGACGGCGAGCUGGACCUCAGUGGCAUCGACGACCUGGAGAUCGACAGGUACAUCCUCAACGAGGCCGAGGCCCGCGUGAAGGCCGAGCUGUGGAUGCGGGAGAACGCCGAGUACCUGCGCGAGCAGAGGGAGAAGGAGGCCAGGAUCGCCAGGGAGAAGGAGCUGGGCAUCUACAAGGAGCACAAGCCCAAGAAGUCGUGCAAGCGCCGUGAGCCCAUUCAAGCCAGCACGGCCGGCGAGGCCAUCGAGAAGAUGCUGGAGCAGAAGCGGAUCUCCAGCAAGAUCAACUACAGCGUGCUGCGCGGCCUGGACACCAAGGGGGCGCCGGCGGCGGGGGACGCGGCGGCUGAGCAGCGGCCCAGCACCAGGAGGCCACCCCGCAAACCCCCGGCCAGCAGGAGCCGGGCCCGGCCCGAAGCCGCCGGGCCGGGCGUGGGGAAGAGGCUGCGGCCCCUGGUGUCCACUCAGCCAGCCAAGAAGGCUCUGGGAGAGGCCCUGCGCCCCCCAAGCUCCCCGGCCUUCGGAGCCGAGCCGGCCCCGCCCGCAGUGGCCGUGGUGGUGGAGAGCGGGCCUGUGUCUUACCACCCUGCCGAGGACGCGGAGGAGGAGGAGCCCGAGGAGGAGGAUGGGGAGCACUGUGUGAGCGCCCUGCAGAUGCUGGGCGGCAACGAUUACGGCUGUGACGGUGACGAGGACGACGGCUACUGACCUUUGCCACACGUCCCAUCCUGGUGGUGCCUGCACCGAGACUCUGGGAGACCAGGGGCCGCUACCUUGCACCCUGUCUCGGCCUCCGUGGCUGUGCCCUGGGGACCAUAUUCCGAGCAGUGCGAGGGCAGUCUCCGUCCAGCAGAGGGCACUGGACUUGGCUCUGGCCUGGUCCCUCCUGGGGUGCCGUGGGCAGCAGGCAGGUGGGUCUGAGUCCGGGACCAGCCCGUACCGUCUGGGGCCCCGGCCCCCUCUCGCUGGCCCAGGGGUGCUGGGCUGCAGCCCCCGGCCAGCGACAUGCGGCAGUCCUGCCGAGCCCGUGCAGAGCCCACGUGC